AUGGCUGCAGCAAACCCUCCGCCAGGCGCCUCGCCGGUGGACCACCCCAAUGGCUCCGACCCGUUUCUCGUGCCCCCGCAGGAUGCCCACAGGCAGCGAUACUCGGCCUUUGACAACUCGCAAUUCUCCCUGUAUCUGAACGGAUCGCCUGCCCAGGCCAAGCGCGCCCUUGAAGCACACUUGGCAGAGACAACACGCAGGCUGCAGGAGACGUCGCACCUGGGCAGCGCCCUCGUCCAGCAGCGCAAGGAGCUCGAGGACAAGUUGCAGGAAGUGGAGCAGCAGCAGGAGGAGAAUGAGAUCGGAGAAGAUCUGCGCCAGAGGCUGGCCGAGCUGGAGAAGGAGUUCAACGAGGUGGGGCGGGAGACGGCUCGCGCCUUUCUCCCCAAGUCUCGCGUUCCCAGCGGAGAGACCGACGUCCCAGGCGGUGGCUCAGUCUACUCCAGCGAAGCUUUCCAGUCGCCCACGAAAGUGAGCGUCCCAUCGCGAAAGCAGAGGAACCAACAGCCCAGCCGUAUCAACGACAUUGCACUGGCAACCGAGAUCUCCACGUCUUUGCUCUCUCAGCUCAAGGACCUCCAGGCUGUCCUACUUGAGAAGGAUGAGGCUCUCAAGGCAGCCGAUCUUGACAGGUCGCAGCUCGAGAUCGAGGUCGAAGGCCUGUCACAACGCCUGCGAACCUUGGAUGAAAGCGAGUCACGCCUAAAGGACGUCAACUGGAACCUCGAAACCCAAAUUCGCGAAUCGGAGUUCCAGUCAAAGUCCGCGGCGGACAAGGAGCAGCGCCUUAACCAUGCCUUGAACCUUGCACGCACAGAAAGGACGACGCUGGAAAGGGAAUUGGAGGAGUUGAAGCAAAUGUACACCAAGCUCAACGACGACCACAUCAACAAAAUGAAGCAGCACGAGUCCGAGCUCUCCAUUCUUCGUCGCAACGUGGCCAUGACCGAGACUGAGAAAGGUGCAAUGCAGCGCAAAGUGGAGGAACUCACAUCCAAGAACCAGCAGCUGGCACAGGCGAUUGCUUGGCGUGCAAGGUCCGAGGAGCGUGGCCGCUCUGAAGAUUCAUCCGCAGACGAUGGCAUUAUGGAAAGACACACAGGAGGAACCCCUGAGCACUCGCCUGCACCCUCGCCAAGCAAGGCUACUCCUCGUCACGGUAUGCUAGAAACCGAGACGCUGAAGCACUCACUUCAGCAUGCCCACCGUAUGAUCCAACAGCUCAAGAACAACAUUCACCGUGAAAAGACUGAAAAGAUUGAGCUCAAGAGAGUGCUACAAGAUACCCGUGACGAAUUGGACACCGCCCGCGCUCAGGUUGGACCUGGCAGUGCUAGCAAGCGAAGGAGGAGCGAGAAGGACCUUUUCAAGAAGCCCCCUCGGCCAGAUCGUCUGGGAGCCCUGCGCAGCGGCACACAGGAGAUUAUCGAGGAUGACGAGUGGGAAGAGGAGGAGGGUAUGCCCGUUACACCAAGCAAACAGCCGCACCUCUCCCACUCUACUUCUCGAAUCUUCGUUACCGGACACUAUUCUGCUGCCGAAACAAGUGGACAAGAUGGCUUUGAGACGGCCAACGAAACUUCGGAUGCUGCUUUCGAGACUGCAAAUGAGCCAGACGGCAUAGCAACUGAAUCUGAGGCUUUCCAGACAGGAGCUGAGACCCUUGACGGGGACAGCAGUGAUCAGCUAACAGAGACUGAGGCUGGGCCUUCCAAGCUGAGCGCUCGUCAUAGCCGACCCUCAUUUUCAAGCCGGGGCCGUGCUGCUUCCUAUGAGAGCACAGCGUCUGCCUCUGAUGCCGAUUACAGUGAAGCCGAUGUGAGGACGCCUCUUCACCAUCAGCAUUCGCGUCUUCGGUUGAGGGCACCCAGCUCCCGUAGAUCAAAAUCUAGAGGUGCCUCAAAUCUGUUUGCUGGAACACCGCCGACAUCCCGGGAUUCUCCCGCCAGCUACAUCAGCAGUAGCAAUGAGAACACGCCGUCACAAGGCAAGAGCCUCUUUGCCGAGCUGAACGAUUUGAGUGCGGAUGACGACGACGCCAGCUCUGUCGAAGGUACUGUUGAGGGCACGCCAAGCCGAUCCAGUGUAAUUCACUCACGUUAUUCAUCACCAGAUGCACUGAGGAAGACCAUUACCGCUGUGCCCAUGCCUCUAAUGGUCGACUCAGGCACCAUGACUGAGCCAGAUGUCCCGGAACCUAUUGCCUUCUCUUCAAUUGCUACUCAGGACACCCAACCCCAAGCCAUACGCCUGCCGGUCUUGGAGUUUUCUUCUUUGCACUCACAAGACACGAACCCGCAAGCGCCACUCCGUCCAGAUCUUCGAGUAUCCUCCAUCUCUUCGCAGGGCACUGAGCCCAAGCAGGUGUCACCACCGACACUUGGUCUCUCGAGUGUUUCUGGAAACGCAACCGAUCCUCGUGCCCCACGGAUACCUCAGCUGGCCGUGUCCUCCGUGUCCGCCCAUGCCACUCAGCCACAAGUUCCCUUGGUGCCGUUGUCAACCUUUUCCUCUUUGCAUUCCCUGGACACCGUGCCGCGUGCCGUGCCUGUUACGCCUUUGUAUAUGUCAUCGGUGUCCACCCAUGCAACAGAGCCUCGGCAUGCUAGUCCACAGCCUCUUGGGCUGUCAGACUUCUCAUCUCAGGGCACUGAACCUGUCUUGCCAGAAGUGCCAGAGCCGAUCACCCCUUCGCUGGACGUUUCGUCCAUCUCGCACCAAGCGACUGAACCAAAGGAAGUCGAUGCACCGAAGCCCCUCGUGUCAAUACAGCUGCUGAGGUCUUCUAUCUCAACUCAAUCGAUAGAGCCAAUAGAAAAGAUUGAGUCAGCCGUCGAUGUCUCCAGUCCCGCAUCGACAUCUGAAGAGGCCGUCUCGGCACUGUCUCGGGAAGUUCCUCAAGCACAGGAACAACGACCACUGCUGCAAAUGUCAAAGGUGGCCGCCCACGCAACCGAGCCAAGAGAAGUGCUGCACAAACAGACAUCAUUACAGAUGUCGACCCUAGCGUCUCACGGAAUUGAGCCUAGGGAUGCAUCCCAAGCACCUGCUUCGACAGUUUCGAUAACGUCGACUGAAGCUAUAGAGCCACAAGCACCGAUCCGAGAGAGACAGCAGUUCUCUGAGCUCUCUUCACAUGUUGCUACUGCGCCCGUCGCACCACGACUACCGCAUAUGCAGCUGUCGAGCUUUUCAGCUCAGUCUAUCGAUCCGGUUGAGACUCCUAAACCCGCGUCGCACCAACUAUCGACACUCUCCUUCCAAAUAUCCCAUCCGAGGGAGCCUUCGAUGCCAGCACUGCCAUCUUUCUCUGUGCUAUCCUCAACGACAACCAAGCCGGUCGCGCCACAGACACCGGCUUCUAUGGGUCUUUCAGGCGUGGAGUCUCUGAGCACAAACCCAGUAAAGCCAGCACAGCCCCUGCCAUCAGAACUGUCAUUUGUCAACGCAGUCCAGACAGAACCCGUUUCACCAGCUACUAUCUCUGGACCUAUACUUGACGUCUCUAACGUAGAGACAAUUCACGACACCCAACCUGAAUCGCCAUCGCCUCCAACCUUUGUCCUGGCUAACAUGAGUCGACCAUCUACAGCAAGCAGGGUGGAUCCUCCCGUCAUGAGUUUAUCACCUGUUGCCACUCAAGGCAUUGAACCUUUUGUGCCAUCAAGACCCGUGACUGCACAUAGAGGCACAGAGCCCUUUGCAACAACAACUACUACUACGAGCACUACCCAAACAGAGACGAUGCAGGACAAGCAGCCACCAGUGCCCACGAUCAGCUAUUUUGAUGCCGUUUCAAGCCUGACCAAAGAUUCCUCAACUGACACUGCAGCUUUGUCAGCUGAUAGCAGAGAUGCACGUGUUCCUCUCAUGCCUAUAAGCGCUAACAAGUCAGUCAAGGCGAGCCAAACGCAGAUGACUGAUGGAGGCACUCAGACCAUGGUAUCCGCUGAACAAAUCGACAAGCUACUGCUGGCUCGAAGUCAGCUAUUGAACGGCAUGGCGACUGGAGCUGUAUCGGAAAAGAGCAUCGCAUCGACUGGAUCGCCUAGGAAGCAUGCAGCUGACUCUCUCCGCACUCCGAAACGUCCUGGCAGCUCUGGAAGCGUGCGUUCACGCUUGGAAACACCUCCCCCACUGCCAUCGGAUCACCGAGAAGUCAUUGCCGCGGCGUCUCUCAGGCCCAUGUCUCCUGGAUCAAUGGGACCACCUUCACUGCCAGCAUCGGCCUAUAAGAAGCGGCCGCAGACGCCAACCAUUAGGACAAGCAACAGCAACCUUACUCCUACUAUGACAGGUGGUACUACUCCACGUGUGCGUCGCCAAUCGCAGCGCAGCGGAGCGUCUUCGCCUCUUAGCCAUAGGUCAUCGCUGUCGUCAUUCACUUCGGAGAUUGAUCAACGCUUCAACAUACCCGGAGGGCCAUCCUUUGCUGCAAAUGGAAUAGCUGGUGGUGCUACGGAUCCACGUAUGAUUCAAGCCAUCACCCAAACGAUGAUUGGCGAAUACCUGUGGAAGUACACCCGCAAGACUGGUCGUGAGGAAUUCUCGGAUAACCGUCAUCGACGCUUUUUCUGGAUUCAUCCCUACACAAGAACAUUGUACUGGAGCGACCGAGACCCUCAGAGUGCCGACAAAACGACGUUGAAAGCCAAGAGUGUUGCUAUUGAAUCUGUACAAGAAGUCGAUGACCCCAAUCCCCUUCCCCCUGGACUCCAUCAAAAGAGUCUGCUCGUCAUCACUCCCGGACGAGCAAUGAAGUUUACUGCGACUACUGGUCAGAGGCACGAGACAUGGUUCAAUGCCUUGAACUAUCUGUGCCAGCGAGUUGAUGAAGGCGAUGAAAAGUCUUCACCAACGUCGGAGCAGAAAUCUACAAUUGCGGAUGAAAUUCAAGACGAAUUCAAUGGUGGGUAUCGAAGCUCUUCACGCCAAACAGGUCGAUCGAGAGCUUCAGUGAUGUCGUAUGCUACUGGGCGCGCAUCGUCUCGCGACCGCACCCAGAUGCCAACGAUCCGACAGUCCGCCGUGACGCCGCAACGCGCCGUCUCAACCGAGCCACCAGCCCAUGGGUCUGUUGCGAACCGGUUCAGCAGCAUGCUUCGGCCGAGUGCCACUGCUAUGCGAGGAUCCUUCUCCAGCCGUCGAAGCAGCAAGAACAGCGCGCCAGAAGCGACGACGUAUCACGAACCUAGCCUGUCGAAUUUGGAGCUCAGCCGCGAUAUUCACGAGCAUGUGGAGCAUGAUCAAGACUUCAUGCCCAAUGUUCGAGCGUGCUGUGAUGGCAAACACGACGUUGGACACCUCCAUCAGCAUUCGAUUAGAGGCCGAUACGUCAAGCAGUCUAGUUCCAGACCUUCGCUGUUUGGUUCCAUGAGCUCGCGCGCCCAGUCUCGGGCCGAGUCACGCACUGAAUCUCGCACGGAGUCGCGCACAGAGAUGCGCAACGAGCAAAUUCGCCACCAGACGGAGAUGGAGGCAGCAAACUACGGAGCUGGUGCAUAGUCUUCCAUCCCCUCCCUGCCUAGCACCCUUCCUACAGCACUAGCAGACGUGUUCGUUUCGACGACACCAAACUCGUCACAUGAUCUGACUGACAUUCUUUACUUUCCUAGCAUUUUCUAUUUGUCACGGGAACCGCUCCCAAUUUCCUAUGUAUAUCUCUGUCCGUUUUGCGGCUUUUGGACGUUACACAUCGCUUUGGAUCCGCAUCAAACAGCAAAUAAAGACCGAGAGCUCCCUGCAGGAGCGUCGGGCAUGGCGUUGGACUGUGAAGCAUUGCCUGUCUGAUUUGCACAGCAGGCUCGAAUGGGGAUGGAGCCAUACACUGAGACGACCUAACGCUUCUCCUCUAGACCAGGCUGCGAGUUGAUUGCAUUGCUCUAGCAUCGUUUCCUUAUCGUUUGUAACUUGACCCCUCCACCCCUCCCUCUCUCCUCACUCUGGAGUUGUCAGUUUGCGCGGGUUGGACUUGGCAGCACAUAUCGUUGUUGGAUAAUGUUUG